AUGAUGAUUAUGAUGAUGAUGAUGAUGAUGAUGAUGAUGAUGAUGAUGAUGAUGAUGAUGAUGAUGAUGAUGAUGAUGAUGAUGAUGAUGAUGAUGAUGAUGAUGAUGAUGAUGAUGAUGAUGAUGAUGAUGAUGAUGAUGAUGAUGAUGAUGAUGAUGAUGAUGAUGAUGAUGAUGAUGAUGAUGAUGAUGAUGAUGAUGAUGAUGAUGAUGAUGAUGAUGAUGAUGAUGAUGAUGAUGAUGAUGAUGAUGAUGAUGAUGAUGAUGAUGAUGAUGAUGAUGAUGAUGAUGAUGAUGAUGAUGAUGAUGAUGAUGAUGAUGAUGAUGAUGAUGAUGAUGAUGAUGAUGAUGAUGAUGAUGAUGAUGAUGAUGAUGAUGAUGAUGAUGAUGAUGAUGAUGAUGAUGAUGAUGAUGAUGUUGAAACAAGUUAUUAACAUGAAAAACACUUCGAUUUACAACAGAGGUAUUAAUGUUAACAUGUGA